AUGGAUAUCAAUUUUGACUUCAAAGGAGAUCCAGUUGGAGGUCACAUACAGAACUACUUGCUAGAAAAGUCACGUGUUGUGCAUCAACAGAGGGGUGAACGAAAUUUUCACACAUUUUACCAGCUUUUGUACGGGGCUACUGAUGGCAAACUGGCUGAGAUGGGACUAAAAAGAAAUCCCAACAUGUAUCAUUUUAUUAACCAAGGUGGAGAUCCAAAGGUCAGCUCUAUAAAUGAUCGGAAAGAUUAUAGAAAUGUCAUGGAAGCAAUGAAGGCAAUGGGUUUCAACUUUAAGCAUGUUGAGACGCUUUGGAAAAUUGUGUCUGCAAUUCUACAUAUGGGAAACAUCUCUUUUGAGAUGAAAGAAGAUCAAGUAUGUGUGUCCAGUCGAGAAGAGUUAUCGCAAAUUGCUCGUUUGCUUUCAAUGGAUGUGAACAAUCUGGAAACUUCUUUAUGUUCUCGUGUUGUUGCUGCUGGUGGUGAUGUGGUGAGGAAAGAAUUCACUUUGUCAGAUGCUAUUUACACACGAGAUGCUUUCGCAAAGGCUACCUAUGAUCGUAUGUUCACCUGGAUUGUUGGUCGAAUUAAUGAAGCAAUUGAUGUCUCGGCUAGUGGAUUUUCUAGUGUUGGCAAAAAUACAGUCAUUGGAGUAUUGGAUAUUUAUGGCUUUGAGAUUUUCGACAAUAACAGUUUUGAACAGUUUUGUAUCAAUUACUGCAAUGAAAAACUACAGCAACUUUUUAUUGAAUUGGUGCUGAAGCAAGAACAGGAAGAAUAUACCCGAGAAGGUAUUGAAUGGGUGCAUGUUGAUUAUUUUAACAAUAAAGUCAUCUGUGAUCUUGUUGAGCAGCCACACAAAGGAAUCUUGGCCAUGUUAGAUGAAGCCUGCCUAACACCUGGCAAAAUGACAGAUGAAAAAUUUCUUGAGGAAAUGUCCCAUACUCUGAAGAAGCAUGAACGUUACUCAUCUCGGGCUUUGGUUCCUACAGACAAAACAAUGGAACAUGGACAAGAUUUUCGUAUUCGUCACUAUGCAGGUGAUGUAACUUACAAUGUUAAUGGGUUCUUAGACAAAAACAAGGACACAUUAUACCAAGAUUUAAAACGGCUUUUAUACAACAGUGAUGAUGAGUUACUCAAGAUUAUGUGGCCAGAAGGAUCUCAGGAUAUUGCAAAGACUACAAAGAGGCCCUUAACUGCUGGAACUAAUUUCAAGAAUUCUAUAAUAGCAUUGGUGGCUAACCUGGCAUCAAAGGAGCCACAUUAUGUUCGUUGCAUCAAGCCAAAUGAUGUCAAGUCACCUGUGCAUUUUGAUAAUGAAAGAGUUCGUCACCAAGUCAUGUAUUUGGGAUUAAUGGAAAAUGUCAGAGUUCGGAGAGCAGGAUUUGCAUUUCGGAUGACCUUUGAAAGAUUUCUAAACAGGUACAAAUGUAUUUGUCCAGCAACCUGGCCAGUAUAUCAUGGUUCUUGCGUAAAUGGUGUCCGUGAAAUUGUGUCACAACAGAAAGUUGAAAAAGAUGUGGAAUAUGGAAAAACAAAAAUCUUUGUACGCAGUCCACAAACUCUGUUUAAUUUGGAGGCUGAAAGAGAACGGGCUAUUCCAUCAUUAGUUAUCUUAUUACAGAAGAUGUGGCGGGGAACAUUGGCACGGAAACAAGUAAAGAAGACAAGAGCAGGUCUUUUGAUUCUGAAGACUUAUCGUGAAUACAAAACGCGUGUUUAUGUUAACACCUUAUUACAUCUCUUCAGAAAUGUAAAGAGAAAGAAGGAUUAUGGGAAGAGUUUGAAAUGGCCGACUGCUCCUUUUGGUUUAGAGACAUUUGGAUUAUCUCUCCAUAAAACUUACCAAAGGUGGUGCGCAUGGAUGAAAAUUCAAACAAUCCCAAAGGAUGAACGUGCAAUGUUCCACACAAAAAUAUUAACUGCUGAAAUGCUAAAAGGUAGACGUUGUGAGUGGGGCUAUCGACGCAAGUGGGACGGUAAUUACUUGAUGCAGACUCAAGAUAAUCCCAAUACUGCUGAUUAUGUUUCAAGAAUGAAUUCUUUGAAGAGCAAAGACAAUUUCACUGCAAUUCUCUUCUCAUCAAUGGUAAAGAAAGUAAACAAAAACAACAAAACUUCUGAUCGUUCGAUUGUGAUUACAAACCAACACAUUUACAAAUUGGAUCCAAAGAAAAAAUUCAAAUUAAUGAGACCAGGCACUUCAUUUUUGGAUUUGACUGUGGUUCCAGGGAAGAACGCGUUGGCGAAGCUCAUUGGAACCAUCUGCAAGCAGUGGCAUAAAAUGAUGAAUCAGGAUUUGAAAGUGAUUGUUGCUAAACAAUUGAAAUGCAUGCUUGGAGAUAAACAGAGAACUAUUAUAGUUCGAAUGUCUCCAAACAAUGAAAAGGAUCCGGAAUUUCGCAAAGAGAACAUGGGAUUGGCAUUGAUGUGGCCAACUACAACGAAUCAUAACAAUCCUGUUAUCAAGUCUUGA